GAAUGACACAAGAAAUUUAGAGGAGCCGCUUCAUUUUAAUGAUAUUCACUUCUUUGUUUGAUUCUGUCAUGUUUAUAUUUUAGCAAACUAUUUUCCUCUGCAUGUUAGUCUAUGAUUCUGAAUCUGGCGGCUGUGUUACAUCGUGGAAAUCCAGUGUAUUUCAUGUUGAAUUAACAGGAAUAAUUGCAUGAAUACCGCUUCUAAUAUUGACUGAAUAUGCACGUUAUACUUUGUUUUCAUAGAGAUGAACGCAAGAGAUGGGGUGUGUACAUCCCAAUUGCCCCCCCCCCGACCGAAAAAACAGAAUUAUUAUCACUAUAAUCCUUUAAAGAGGGAUUGUUAUGUAAUCACUCAGAUAAAUACUUAUUGAUAUAUGAAAUCGUUAAGAAGUUAUAAUGACCAAAGAUCACAAAUGAACAGCAUUUGUUGAAAAGGUAAAUUCAGCAAACAGAAGUUGAUUGCAGAAGGCGAAAACAAAUCGAAUUUUAGAGGAAGCGGCUUUUGGGGUUAGGGAUCGGGACUGAACCUUCACUGUAUAUACGUACGUUUCAUUUUUCAUCCACGUUCUCAACAUUACUGAUCAUUGGUUUAAGUGGACCCAAGCGUCUUUCAAACUUGUUUUUGGUCAAACAAUGUUCUAGCAUGAAUGUGACGGAUAACAGUCUAAUUGAACCGGAGUAUUCCAUGAGAAUUGGAGAGAUUGUGGAAACUGCCCUUCUCGGACUUAUCUGUGUUGUAGGUACUCUUGGAAAUCUUCUAGUAGUUGUGGCUGUAUUAACAACCCCAGCCCUUCAAGUCAGGCAGAAUGUCUUCAUCUUUCUUCUUGCGAUUACUGACCUUGUCACGGCGGCAAUUUUAACGCCGUGUUUCAUGCUUUGCCUUGUUAACGGCGGAUGGCCCUACGGAGAAAACGCUUGUAUUUUCAUUGGAUAUUUAACAAUCUUGAGUGUUGCCAUGUCUGGUUUGACAGUCAACUGCAUAGCGGUCUGUCGUUAUGUGACAGUCGCAUACACUAACCCUUUACGACGCAAAGUCAUGCAUGGUAGAGUAGUAUUAUCGGCUUCGACAUCUCUAUUAGUGAUGGCUAUCGUAGCAGUACUCCUUCCGAUCUUCGGGAUCGGUGAUGUUGGCUUCAAUGAAUUGCUUGGCCAUUGUUCUUUAAGGUACUCUGAUCCACAUGAAUGGUACUAUUGUGCUGCGUUAAUAACAUUCGGAUUCACAGCGACGUUCGUCAUCGUUCCGACUUGUUACGGCCUAAUUUUCUGUAAAGUCCGCAAGAGCAGAAGGUCCAUCGAAAGCAUGAGCUUAGCAAGUAGAACGACACCAACCUCUAGCGUAGAACAUUCAACCAAGCAAAGUAACAAGUCUAAUAACAAAUCAGCAACAAACCACAAUCCACAGCGGAGCAUGAGUCGUUAUGAAGUCAAGCUUUCCAAGAAACUUUUUGCUCUCUUCAGUCUCUUUGUUUUGUGUUGGAUACCCUAUACUGCGACCGUUCUUGCAGACAAACAUUCCACAGUACCCUUACAGGUUCACCGCGCAACAAACUUUUUCAUUUGGAUAAACCCUUGCAUCAAUCCAUUUCUCUAUGCCUGGAUGAUACAAACAUAUCGAAAAUCAUAUGAAAGACUAUUCAGUUACAUACUAUGUCGGGAACAGCCUUUUUGUCAAUGAUUUGGACGAAACUUAAACCCACGCUUGUUAAAUUGGCCUUUUUACAUACCAUAAAAUAAUGAUCAAAAUUAUUAACUGGACAAUAAAAAUAUUUUUUAAAUACAGAAUUACAGAUAUAAUACACGCAUUUUUCAUGUAUUCUGUUAUAAUUUGUUUGCUUUGUUGUAAAUGAUAUUAUUUAUCAAACAGAAAAACAAUUGACCUUGAAUAGAAUAUUUCCUUGUAAAACGCCCACUGCGAUUUGUAUGAUGUUAAAAUAUGCCCGAUUAAAAAAAAUCUCAUUA